UCCCCCGCCACUGUCCGACCUGUUUGUCUGGAGCUGCCUCGUCUCCUCUCGCCAGGGCUAGGUGUGCUCCUGCUCACUUGUUUCAGGAGCUCAGACACCCUGUAACUUUUUUUGCCACUCCUUGAAACCCAGCAUCCUUGAUUCCCCACACGGGGCGAGACUGCAGCCUCUUGGGACUUCUAGCACAGGCUCUGGGGUGGGACAGACACUUGCUGCCCUUUCUGGCUCAGGGGAGCAUGGACUGUGGGCCUUGGGCUGUAUAGGAGGCAGCAGGCACCAUGAGUGGGAACGGAGUGGGCAGGGUGCAUGGGAACGGCCUGAAUGGGGCCAGUGAGUUUUACUAUGAGGCGGUGGAAGGAUCUCAGAACCCUGGGGGCCUUCUGCUCUCACCAGCUGCCUUCAUCAACCCUGCUCAGUAUGCCAGCGUGCUGGAAGGACGCUUCAAACAGCUUCAAGAUGAACGAGAAGCAGUACAGAAGAAAACCUUCACCAAGUGGGUGAACUCCCAUCUGGCCCGGGUGACGUGCCGAGUGGGAGACCUAUAUAGUGACCUCCGGGAUGGGCGCAACCUGCUGCGGCUCUUGGAGGUGCUCUCAGGAGAGAUGCUGCCAAAACCCACAAAGGGCCGCAUGCGGAUCCACUGCCUGGAGAAUGUGGACAAGGCGCUGCAGUUUCUAAAGGAGCAAAAAGUACACUUGGAAAACAUGGGCUCCCAUGACAUUGUGGACGGGAACCACCGUCUGACCCUUGGGUUGGUCUGGACCAUCAUCCUUCGAUUCCAGAUCCAAGACAUCAGUGUGGAAACGGAAGACAAUAAGGAAAAGAAGUCAGCCAAGGACGCCCUGCUGCUCUGGUGCCAGAUGAAGACUGCAGGAUAUCCCAAUGUCAAUGUGCACAACUUCACCACUAGUUGGAGAGAUGGAUUGGCCUUCAAUGCCAUCGUGCACAAACACCGGCCAGACUUGUUGGAUUUUGAGUCCUUGAAGAAGUGUAAUGCACAUUACAAUCUGCAAAAUGCUUUCAAUCUGGCUGAAAAGGAGCUGGGACUAACCAAGCUGCUGGAUCCGGAAGAUGUGAAUGUGGACCAACCAGAUGAGAAAUCGAUCAUUACCUAUGUGGCUACCUACUACCACUACUUCUCCAAGAUGAAGGCCCUGGCUGUGGAAGGCAAAAGAAUUGGCAAGGUGCUGGACCAUGCCAUGGAGGCAGAGCGCCUGGUGGAGAAGUAUGAGUCUUUGGCCUCUGAACUGCUGCAGUGGAUCGAGCAAACGAUUGUCACCCUCAAUGACCGGCAGCUGGCCAACUCCCUAAGUGGGGUCCAGAACCAGCUGCAGUCCUUCAAUUCAUACCGCACUGUGGAAAAGCCGCCCAAGUUCACUGAGAAAGGGAACUUGGAGGUGCUGCUCUUCACCAUCCAGAGCAAGCUGAGGGCCAACAACCAGAAGGUCUACACACCGCGUGAGGGCCGGCUCAUCUCUGACAUCAACAAGGCCUGGGAGCGGCUGGAGAAAGCCGAGCACGAGCGUGAGCUGGCCCUGCGCACAGAGCUGAUCCGCCAAGAGAAGCUAGAGCAGCUGGCUGCCCGUUUCGACCGCAAGGCCGCCAUGCGGGAGACCUGGCUCAGUGAGAACCAGCGCCUGGUGUCCCAGGACAACUUUGGGCUAGAGCUGGCAGCAGUUGAGGCAGCAGUGCGGAAGCACGAAGCCAUUGAAACAGACAUCGUGGCCUACAGUGGCCGGGUGCAGGCAGUGGAUGCUGUGGCUGCGGAGCUGGCUGCUGAGCACUACCAUGAUAUCAAGCGCAUCUCAGCACGGCAGCACAAUGUGGCACGGCUCUGGGACUUCCUGCGGGAGAUGGUGGCUGCCCGGCGAGAGCGGCUCCUCCUCAACCUGGAACUGCAGAAGGUGUUCCAGGACCUGCUCUACCUCAUGGACUGGAUGGGAGAGAUGAAGGGCCGGCUGCAGUCCCAGGACCUGGGCAAGCACCUGGCUGGCGUGGAGGACCUGCUGCAGUUGCAUGAGCUGGUGGAGGCAGACAUCGCCGUGCAGGCCGAGCGGGUACGGGCUGUCAGUGCCUCUGCCCUGCGCUUCUGCGACCCAGGGAAAGAGUACAGACCAUGCGACCCACAGCUGGUAUCGGAACGGGUGGCCAACCUGGAGCGGAGCUAUGAGGCCCUGUGUGAGUUAGCAGCUGCUCGGCGGGCUCGCCUGGAAGAGUCUCGGCGCCUCUGGCGGUUCCUCUGGGAGGUGGGCGAGGCUGAGGCCUGGGUACGGGAGCAGCAGCACCUCCUGGCCUCUGCUGAGACAGGCCGGGACCUGACUGGUGUCCUCCGCCUGCUCAACAAGCAUACAGCCCUGCGGGGUGAGAUGAGCGGCCGGCUUGGGCCCCUGAAGCUCACCCUCGAGCAGGGUCAGCAGCUGGUUGCUGAGGGCCACCCCGGAGCUAGCCAGGCCUCUGCACGUGCAGCAGAGCUCCAGGCCCAGUGGGAGCGGCUGGAGGCCCUGGCAGAAGAGCGUGCCCAGCAGCUCACACAGGCUGCCAGCCUCUACCAGUUCCAGGCAGAUGCAAACGACAUGGAGGCCUGGUUGGUGGAUGCACUGCGCCUGGUGUCUAGCCCUGAGCUGGGGCACGACGAGUUCUCCACACAGGCCUUGGCCCGGCAGCACCGGGCCCUGGAGGAGGAGAUCCGAGGCCACAGACCCAUACUGGAUGCCUUGAGGGAGCAGGCCGCAGCCCUGCCUUCUGCACUGAGCCACACACCAGAGGUGCAGGGCAGAGUGCCCACUCUGGAGCGGCACUACGAGGAGCUGCAGGCCCGGGCAGGCGAGCGUGCACAGGCCCUGGAGGCGGCGCUGGCGCUCUACACCAUGCUCAGUGAGGCCGGGGCCUGCGGGCUCUGGGUGGAGGAGAAGGAGCAGUGGCUGAACGGGCUGGCUCUGCCUGAGCGCCUGGAGGACCUGGAGGUGGUACAGCAGAGGUUUGAGACCCUGGAACCUGAAAUGAAUGCCCUGGCUGCAAGAAUUACUUCUGUGAAUGACAUUGCUGAGCAGUUGCUGAAGGCCAACCCCCCGGGGAAGGAGCGCAUUAUUAACACCCAGAAGCAACUCAACCAAAGGUGGCAGCAGUUUAGGUCCCUGGCUGAUGGCAAGAAGGCAGCUCUGACAUCAGCCCUGAGCAUCCAGAACUACCAUCUAGAGUGCACAGAGACCCAGGCCUGGAUGAGAGAAAAGACCAAGGUCAUUGAGUCCACCCAAGGCCUGGGCAAUGAUCUGGCUGGGGUGCUAGCCCUGCAGCGGAAGCUGGCUGGUACUGAGCGUGACCUAGAGGCCAUUGCUGCCCGGGUGGGUGAACUGACCCGAGAAGCAAAUGCCCUGGCUGCUGGACAUCCAGCUCAAGCCCCUGCCAUCAACGCCCGGCUUGGAGAGGUGCAAGCCGGCUGGGAGGACCUGCGGGCCACCAUGCGGCGUCGAGAGGAGUCCCUGGGUGAAGCACGGCGGCUGCAGGACUUCCUGCGAAGCUUGGAUGACUUCCAGGCCUGGUUAGGCCGCACACAGACCGCUGUGGCCUCUGAAGAAGGGCCAGCUACGCUGCCUGAAGCAGAAGCCCUCCUGGCCCAGCAUGCAGGCCUGCGGGGAGAGGUGGAACGGGCCAAGAGCGAGUACAGCCGUCUGCGGGCCUUGGGCGAGGAGGUGACCCGAGACCAGGCUGACCCCCAGUGCCUCUUCCUGCGGCAGCGCCUAGAAGCUCUGGGCACUGGCUGGGAGGAGCUGGGCCGCAUGUGGGAGAGCCGGCAAGGCCGCCUGGCCCAGGCCCAUGGCUUCCAGGGAUUCCUGCGGGAUGCACGCCAGGCUGAGGGUGUGCUCAGCAGCCAGGAGUACGUCCUGUCUCACACGGAGAUGCCAGGGACACUCCAGGCUGCGGACGCUGCCAUUAAAAAGCUGGAAGACUUUAUGAGCACCAUGGAUGCCAAUGGAGAGCGCAUCCGUGGGCUCCUGGAGGCUGGGCGUCAGCUGGUGUCAGAGGGCAACAUCCAUGCUGAGAAGAUCCAGGAGAAGGCAGACUCCAUUGAGAGGAGACACAGGAAGAAUCAAGAGGCAGUGCAGCAGCUUCUGGGCCGCCUUCGGGACAACCGAGAGCAACAGCACUUCCUGCAAGACUCUCACGAGCUAAAACUCUGGAUUGAUGAGAAGAUGCUGACAGCCCAGGAUGUAUCCUAUGAUGAGGCGCGAAAUCUACACACCAAAUGGCAGAAGCACCAGGCAUUCAUGGCUGAGCUGGCGGCCAACAAGGACUGGCUGGACAAGGUGGACAAGGAAGGGCGGGAGCUGUCUCUUGAGAAGCCAGACCUGAAAGCCCUUGUGUCAGAGAAACUGGAAGACCUGCACCGCCGCUGGGAUGAGCUAGAGACCACCACCCAGGCCAAGGCCCGCAGCCUCUUUGAUGCCAACCGGGCUGAACUGUUUGCCCAAAGCUGCUCUGCCCUGGAGAGCUGGCUAGAGAGCCUGCAGGCCCAGCUGCACUCUGAUGACUAUGGAAAGGACCUCACCAGCGUCAACAUUCUGCUCAAGAAGCAGCAGAUGCUGGAACGGGAGAUGGCUGUGAGAGAGAAGGAGGUAGAGGCGAUCCAGGCUCAGGCAAAGGCACUGGCCCAGGAAGACCAGGGUGCAGGAGAGGUGGAGAGGACCUCAAGGGCUGUGGAGGAGAAGUUCAGGGCCCUGUGCCAGCCCAUGAAGGAACGCUGCCAGCGCCUACAGGCCUCUCGAGAGCAACACCAGUUCCACCGGGAUGUGGAGGAUGAGAUUCUGUGGGUGACAGAGAGGCUGCCGAUGGCCAGCUCCAUGGAACAUGGCAAGGACUUGCCCAGUGUCCAGCUCCUCAUGAAGAAAAACCAGACCCUGCAGAAGGAGAUCCAGGGUCAUGAGCCUCGGAUCGCAGACCUCACAGAGCGGCAGCGUGCUCUGGGUGCAGCAGCAGCAGGCCCUGAGCUGGCCGAGCUCCAGGAAAUGUGGAAACGCCUGAGCCAUGAGCUGGAGCUCCGGGGGAAGCGGCUGGAGGAAGCCCUGCGGGCCCAGCAGUUCUACCGUGAUGCUGCCGAGGCUGAGGCCUGGAUGGGUGAGCAAGAGCUACACAUGAUGGGCCAGGAGAAAGCCAAGGAUGAGCCAAGUGCCCAGGCAGAGGUGAAGAAGCAUCAGGUGCUGGAGCAAGCCCUGGCUGACUAUGCCCAGACCAUCCACCAGCUGGCAGCCAGCAGCCAAGAUAUGAUUGACCAUGACCAUCCAGAGAGCACACGGCUAUCAAUCCGCCAGGCGCAGGUGGACAAGCUGUACGCCAGCCUGAAGGAGCUGGCCGGAGAGCGGCGUGAGCGCCUGCAGGAGCACCUCCGGCUGUGCCAGCUGCGCCGUGAGCUGGAUGACCUGGAGCAGUGGAUCCAGGAGCGCGAAGUGGUGGCCGCCUCCCAUGAGCUAGGCCAGGACUAUGAACAUGUGACUAUGCUCCGGGACAAAUUCCGCGAGUUCUCCAGGGACACAAGCACCAUCGGUCAGGAGCGUGUAGACAGUGCCAAUGCUCUGGCCAAUGGGCUCAUUGCAGGGGGCCAUGCCGCGCGGGCCACGGUGGCCGAGUGGAAGGACAGUCUCAAUGAGGCCUGGGCUGACCUGCUCGAGCUCCUGGACACACGGGGUCAAGUGCUGGCUGCUGCAUACGAACUGCAACGUUUCCUGCACAGCGCCCGCCAAGCCCUGGCACGGGUGCAGCACAAGCAGCAGCAGCUUCCGGAUGGUACUGGCCGGGACCUCAAUGCUGCUGAGGCCCUGCAGCGGCGGCACUGUGCCUACGAGCAUGACAUUCAGGCCCUCAGCGCCCAGGUCCAGCAGGUGCAGGAUGAUGGCCAUCGGCUCCAGAAGGCCUAUGCUGGAGACAAGGCUGAGGAGAUUGGCCACCACAUGCAGGCUGUGGCUGAAGCCUGGGCCCAGCUUCAGGGAAGCUCUGCUGCCCGCCGCCAGUUGCUGCUGGACACCACGGACAAAUUCCGCUUCUUCAAGGCUGUCCGGGAGCUGAUGCUAUGGAUGGAUGGGAUUAACCUGCAGAUGGAUGCCCAGGAGCGGCCCCGGGAUGUGUCCUCUGCGGAUCUCGUCAUCAAGAACCAACAGGGCAUCAAAGCAGAGAUAGAGGCCAGAGCAGACCGCUUCUCUUCCUGCAUUGACAUGGGGCAGGAGCUGCUGGCAAGGAACCAUUAUGCAGCGGAGGAGAUCUCAGAGAAGCUAUCUCAACUACAAGCCCGGCGCCAGGAGACAGCUGACAAGUGGCAGGAGAAGAUGGACUGGCUCCAGCUUGUUUUGGAAGUGCUUGUGUUUGGGAGAGAUGCAGGGAUGGCAGAGGCCUGGCUAUGCAGCCAGGAGCCACUGGUGCGGAGUGCGGAGCUGGGCUGCACAGUGGACGAAGUGGAAAGCCUCAUCAAGCGGCAUGAAGCCUUCCAGAAGUCUGCAGUCGCCUGGGAGGAGCGUUUUAGUGCACUGGAGAAGCUCACUGCGCUGGAGGAGCGAGAGAGGGAGCGGAAGAGAAAGAGGGAGGAGGAGGAACGGAGGAAACAGCCCCCUGCCCCAGAACCCACAGCUAGUCUGCCUUCAAGGGAGCUGAUAGAUGGCCAGACAGCUCGUGGCACUGCCUGGGAUGGAAGCCAGCCUCGGCAGCCACCGUCCACACAGGCACCCAGCGUCAAUGGGGUCUGCACAGACUCAGAGUCCUCACAGCCCCUCUCGGAGCAGCAGAGACUCGAGCAGAGCAGCUUCCCAGAAGGACCUGGGACUGGUGCAGGGGAUGAGGCCAAUGGGCCACGGGGAGAGAGGCAGACUCGGCCCCAGGGCUCGGCCUCUCCUGUGAUGCCCCAGAGCAGGUCAUCAGAGUCAGCCCAUGGUGCCACCCUGUCCAGUCGAGGUCCUGAGCUGUCUGCCCAGGAGCAGAUGGAGGGGAUGUUGUGCCGCAAACAGGAGAUGGAGACCACUCUCAAGAAGGCUGCCAAUAGGUCCUGGCAGAACGUGUACUGUGUCCUGCGGAAUGGGACCCUCGGCUUUUACAAGGAUGCAAAGGCAGCCAGUGCGGGAGUGCCGUACCACGGAGAAGUGCCGGUCCGCCUGACCAGGGCCCAGGGCGGUGUGGCCUUCGAUUAUCGAAAGCGCAAACAUGUCUUCAAGCUGAGCUUACAGGACGGAAAAGAAUAUUUAUUCCAGGCCAAGGAUGAGGCAGAGAUGAGCUCCUGGCUGCGGGUGGUGAAUGCAGGCAUUGCCUCUGCAUCCUCCGACUCUGGAGAGCCAGGAGAACCAGCGAUUCCCAGUGCCACUCGGGGUAUGACUCGGGCCAUGACCAUGCCCCCAGUAUCACAGCCUGGGACUGAAGGGUCCGUUGUGCUGCGCAGCAAGGAUGGCAGAGAGCGAGAGCGAGAAAAACGCUUCAGUUUCUUCAAGAAGAAUAAAUAGUUGGGAAGGGGGUCCAGACUCCCAGGCCAGCUCCCUCCCUCUGUUCAGGAAACUGCCAGGGACUGUUGACAGGGAUCACCCUCUUCAGGAUAACUGCCUGCUGCUAGGGUCUGUUGCCAAGGUCAGCCCAUCACCAGGAACUGUCACGGGACAAGCCAGUGUUCCCAAGCGCAAUCUUUUCUUCUGCUGUUUAAUUUCAGACUGAUGGUGGGACCCAGGCAAACCCCACUUCUGCUCCCGUGCCCCCUUCUUCCCUCUUCCCCCACCCUGUGGCUCCAUCUGCCACCACAGUGCGGACAGUGCCGCACCCUGAUAGGCCAUGUGGGAAAUGACUGCCCCUGCCUCGGGGUCAUUCUCCCACCACAGCCAGGGCACACCAUCCACUACAGGUUCCUUGCCCCCAAGGACCAGCCAGAAACUUCUCAGAGCUGAAUUGGAAGGGGCGGGGCAGGGGAGGGGAGUACAGGAGUGCCAGAUGAUGGAGUCGGAGGUGCUGAAGCCCUCCCUUCCCAUCCCGCCUCAUCUUCUGACUCAAGUGGCUGCUCCAUCUCCAACAGCUCCGGGUGGCUUCCAGGUGUGAGUUGUUUAGGGGCAUCCACACCCUUGAGUCUGGCCAAGGAGGUGAUUAAACAGCUCAGCUUCUCUCACUGCC